CCAGCAGACCUGUGGGUUUAGGAAGGAGCUCUGAUCCUGAAGGUGUUUCUUGCUUUGGUUCUUCUAACGCUUUCUGGUUCCCUGCAGGUUCUGCUGUUGGUUCCUCUCUGCGAACACCCCUUCCUGCUGUGCUCCUCAGAGUCCGCCGGUGAGGAGACGGCUCUGGAUCUCAUGUCCGUCUUCCUCCAGUGUCCUCCCAGGUCUCAGCAGUUCCGCUGUCAUCUCCUGGUGGCCCUCACCAGCGUCCUGAUCUGCUCCUCCUGCGCCGGCUCCCGCUCCCGAGCUUCUCUGGACUUUCUGGACCUGCUGCUCCAGGUCGCUCAGGACACCAGUGAUCACCAUGGCGACAGCAGCCCGCUGUGCCUGCGGAACACAGCCGCAGAAUGCCUGCGUGAGAUGGAGGCCAGCUGCCCAGGACUUCUCUCCCAGCGCCUGGAGCUGUUGGGCGGGUUGCGGCAGCAGGAGACCUCCAGGCUGCAUCAGGCCUACGCGGGUCUGCAGGUUCUGGUUCUGAGGAAUGCUGUUCUUCAUUUGACCAAGGAAUCGGGAGCAGGUGCUGCACAGCUCAAAGCGCUGCUAGGAGGACCCAGCUGCGCAGACCAGGAUGUCUUUCAGAUGGACGCCAAUGACCCAGCCGUCCAGGCGUCCCUGGUUCUGGGACCCAUGGGCCGAGUUCCCACCCUGCCAACCGGGCCAGACUGUAAGGAGCUGCGCUCCAUCCUCUCCUCCCUGCUGGAGGAGUCCUACCUGCUCAGCCCUCUGUGUCAGGCUGCUCUUCUCCACAGGCUGAUCGAGGUGGUUGCCAUGGCACCGGGGAUCCCUCCUGCCAUAUUCAGAGCUCAGCUGCUGCGACUGCUGGGAACCAAUCAGGUGGCGCUCCUCCAUGUCACCCUGCUAAUGAAGUGCGCCUUCACCGACAGCCUGUUCAGCGCCGAAGACGAAGCCUUCCUCCUGAAGCGGCUGCUGGUUCUGUCGCAGCAUCCGGUCCUCAGCGCGUCAGAAAGGCUCUUCUACAUGGACUGCAUCCUGCAUUUCCCAGAGAACCGUCCAAUCAGCUGCGGGGACAGCGACGAGGCCCUUCCUGUGCUGCUGACCCCCCAGCUGGCCUCCAUCUUGCUUCCUACUGUGUUGAACGACAGCGCCACCCUGCUGGCCCGACUCCACCUGCAGGCUCUGGUCUUUCUGGAGGACGGGGAGGAGGAGGGGGGCGGGGGGCUGGCCUAUAUUUAUGACCUCCUGGGGGCGCUGCUUCACAUGGUGGACAGGGGGGGCAGCAGAGACCUAGUGGUGACCUUCUUCAGGGCGGCCUUCCUCUUCCUGCUGUACUUCCACCAUGUGGAGCGCUAUUCGGCCCGUCUAAGCCAGCAGCUGUGUCAGCUUUACCUGCAGCACCCCCUGCUGGCGCCGCACAUCCUCAACCUGGCCGACCGGACACAAGACCACUUGCCAGAGUCUGACUGGGCAGUGGGGCUCCUGCAGGGCCUCCAGAGAGCCAUAACUGGGGCCCCCGGGGGCCAGCUCACCCUCCCAGACCUUAGCUGCCACCUUAAGGUUCUGUCCCGGGCGGCAGAGGAAGGGAACAUCUCGCCGUGCAGCACCCUGCGCUUCCUGUCCGCCGUCUUUACUUCCUCCCUGCUGUGCAGUGGCAGCAACUGGUGCCUGGGUAACGGCGUGCUGGGCGUCUGCCGCCGUGUGCUGCUACAUCCCAGCCUGGACUCUCUGUUUGGUCCUCUGGCUGACGUUCUGUUGCACCUCGCCUGUAACUAUGGCGACAGCGACAUCCAGGACCACGCCCGCCUCUACUUCAGCCUCCUCACCACGCUGUCCAGAGAGAAGCUUAGUGCGGUGCUGCAGGGGGCGGCGGAGGGUCAGGUCAAGAAGCGAGCGCUGUCCUGCGUCAUGGCGGAGAGCGAGGGGCUCACCAACGCGCUGAGCGUCCACCAGACGGACCGAGCUGUCCUGCGGCUGACGGAGGCUGGGCCCGGGCCGCUGCAGGAGGCGGAUGCUGAUGAAGAUGUGGGAGACGGAGCUCUGCAGCGUUACAGGUCCCAGUUCAGCCAAACCGGCUUUGCCUCUCUGGUCCCUCUGAGGUACCGGCUGACCCUCAUGGAGCCCCACCAGCCGCUCUUUGAGCAGCUCUUCAGCAUCCGCCUCCACUUCCGCCUCACCGACCACCACUACCACCCGCUGCCGGACGCCAGCGUCCCCCUCCUGCACAGACAGAGACCGCCGCCGGAGCUGACUCUGACCCUGCAGCCCAGACGGCCGCAUCCCACCACCAUCCGGGUCGCAGCCAUCUUCACCGCCAAGGACGGCCUCACCUGGCACUCCGACAUGCCGGACCUCCACGUGGCCUUCCAGCAGACCUUCCUGCCUCUUCCUGUUCCCUCCACCUGGAGCAGAGCCAGCAGAGUGGCGGUGUUUGAGGCGCUGUGGGAGGAGGCGGAGUCUGAGGCGGGGGUCUGGGCCGUCAGUCUGUUCUGCUGCCAGCUGGGGGAGGCCCACCUCAAAGCGCUGCUGCAGACACACUUCCUGCCCUUCCUGCUGUCCGACUCGUCCCUGGAGGACGGCUUCAGGGUCCUCUGGUUCCUUCCACCACGCUCUCACGUGCUGCUGAAGAUCAGCAGGGAGGACGAUGCCACGCUGUUUAAGAUGGCCACCGACGACCGCCAGCUGCUGCCUCACAUCAAUGAUUACCUGCUGGAGGUCACCUCUACAGCCGCCAUCAGACAGCUGGGAUCAGAACCAGAACACCGGUCAUAGAGCGUUUCUGGUCCAACUGGUUCAGAGAUUAAAGCUCAGGAAGCGUCUUUUUUUCCCUCUUGUCUCGGUUCCAGUGAUUCGGUCAGACAGCGAAAUAUUUUAGACGAUUCUGAUCAGAAUCAAUGAAAAGAGGAAAUCUACUCUGCUGUUGGAGCAGAUGUUCAGAUGUAGAGCAGAAGCCGUAUUCUUCACACUUACCUAAUUUAUCCUCUGGGAUAAAAACUAAUAUUUAAGAACUUUAAACUGUAUAGUUUGAUUUCAUCCUAAAUGGUGAAUUUUUCAUGUGUUUAAUGGAGACCUUCUAGCUCUACUUUUUAUUCUCCUAAGUAUUUCUACUCUAACUGGACUGUGUGAAAAUCUCUGAACAAAGGACCCAGAAAUGCAGCAGAGACACAGUUCAUGUCAGAGUGAGACCUCUUGUUUCUCCAGCAGCUUUGCUACCACCUGCCUGUUUGUCCAUUGAAGAUGCAGCAGAUUUUCGACUGGACCGACUGCUUCAUCAGACUCAUGUAGAAAAGCUUGAUGUUGCUUUUCUAUAAGCUUUAGGUCUUAAUAGAACUAAACUAUAAAUAAAUGUGUUGUCAGUUUGUUCUCUGUUUUAUUAAUCAU